UCCCUGAGUGGAAUGGAUGAGACAGCCUCAGCAAGGGAAAUGGACACUUGUGAUACCAACUCUUCCUCAAAUGGCUGUGGCUGGGAGCGCCCUGCGGAGCCAGAAACAGCUGGAAACGGUCUCUCCGGGAUUCAGCAGACCCAGCUACGAUGACGGGGAAGGUUCCCUUGUUCUCCCCCGGCUCCACAGUGAGCUCCGCUCUGCCCGGCUACGUUGCUCUCUGCCUCGCUCUCCAGGUUCACAGGCUGGAGUCAGCACAGUUCACAGUAACUGGACCUGACCAUCCAAUCGCCGCCUCCCUAGGUGGGGAGGCCGUCCUGCCCUGCCACCUCUCCCCCAGGAUGGAUGCUCAGAGCAUGGAGGUGAGAUGGUUCAGAUCCCAGUACUCUGCAGUUGUGCACCUGUACCAUGAUGGGCAGGAUCAGUAUGGAGAGCAGAUGCCAGAAUAUCAAGGAAGAACUGAGCUCUUAAAAGACCAAAUCACUGAUGGGAGUGUUUCCCUGAGAAUACACGAUAUCCAACCCUCCGACGAUGGACAAUACAAGUGUUUUUUUCAGUCCAAUGUGUCUUAUGAAGAAGCUUUAUUGGAACUACAGGUGGCAGGUUUGGGCUCUGCUCCUGCCAUCUCUGUGGAGGGACAUCAGGACAGAGGGAUCCGGGUGGUGUGUCGAUCAUCCGGAUGGUACCCACAGCCCGAGGCUCAGUGGAGAGAUCUCCAGGGGCAGCUCUUACCAUCAGCCUCUGAAAACAUAUCCCAAGAGGCCGAUGGCCUGUUUCAAGCAGAGAUUGCCAUUAUUCUAACAGAAGAGUCCAACCAGAAAGUGUCCUGCCAUGUCAGGAGCCCCCGACUCGACCAGGAGAGAGAGUCAGCGAUUUCCAUACCAGAGCUGUUUUUCCUGAGAGUCAACCCCUGGAGGGUGGCUCUGGGGGUGAUCCUGCCUCUCCUGGCUGUUCUCAUUGUCCUGGCCGGUUACUGCUUCUGGAGGCAACACAGAGCGAAAGACAAACUCCAGGCUGAGCUCAGGUGGAGAAUCGCCCAGGUCGACGCAGUGGACGUGACUCUGGAUCCCAACACGGCUCAUCCCAACCUCGUCCUGUCUGAGGAUCAGAAAACUGUGACAUACGAUGAUAGACGACAGGAUCGACCUGAGAAUCCUGAGAGAUUUACUACUUAUCCUAUUGUCCUGGGUGCAAACAGAUUCACAGGCGGGAGGUUUUACUGGGAGGUGGAGAUGGGAGACAAAACAAAUUGGACUGUGGGGGUUUGUAGGGAAUCUGUGAUCAGGACGGGGAAGGUCAGACUCACUCCUGGGAAUGGAUACUGGACAGUGUGGCUGAGGCAUGAGAAAUAUGAGGCCUGCACCUCAUACUCCAGGACCCCCCUCUCCGUGAGCGUCAGGCCCAGCCGGGUGGGGAUUUUCCUGGACUAUGGGGCGGGCGAGGUCUCAUUUUACAAUGUGACUGACAGGUCCCUUCUCUUCACUUUCACUGACACCUUCUCCGGAACGCUCCGUUCUUAUUUUUAUGUUGGUUACAAAGAGGAGGGUAAAAACACAGCUCCCCUGACAAUCUGCCCUGUCCCAGCUCAGGCUAGAGGGAAUCUCUGUCCCUGACAGUGAC